AGUCUGCAGGGGAGUUGGACGAGGGCAAAAGUCUGCAGCCAGAAGAGAUGAGUACCGAUAGAAGUGCCCUGUGCACCGCCCUCCCUGAUAAAUCAACCAACAUAAGCUCCAUCCUGGAAUUGUUUCCCAAGUUACUAUGCCUGGACAGCCAGGACUCACCUUCACCAACCAGCCUCAGUAUUGCAGCCCACAAGAGGUUACCGACCUGCAAGGGAAGCUUCUUUGGAUCUGAUGCCCUGAAGAGUCUAGUCCUGCAAUUCCUGCAGCAGUACUACUCGAUCUACGACUCUGGAGACCGUCAGGGUCUCCUCGGUGCCUACCACGAUGAGGCCUGCUUCUCCCUGGCCAUUCCCUUCAACCCCGAGGAGUCAGCCCCAAGCAGCCUGUGCAAAUACUUCAAGGAAAGCAGGAAUAUGAAGAAGCUCAAGGACCCCUUCCUGCGUGUUCAGCUGCUGAAGCAUACAAAAUGUGACAUCAUGUGCUCCCUCUGUGUGCUGCCUCAAACUCAGCAUGACCUCAGCUCCUUCAUGGUGGACAUGUGGUUCCAGACGGAGACGAUGCUCUGCUUCUCUGUCAACGGGGUGUUCAAGGAAGUGGAAGGCAUGUCUCAGGAUUCUGUUCGUGCCUUCACCCGGACAUUCAUCGCUACCCCUGUCAGCAGUUACAGUCUAUGCAUCGUGAAUGAUGAUCUGUUUGUGAAGGACGCCAACCCCAAGGAGACCCAGAGCACAUUCUCUAUCCCAGUGCCCACACCCUCCUGCAGCUCCUGGCCCACCCUUUGCCAGAAGCAGCAGGAAAUGGGGCAGACUUUCUCCACCCAGUCUGGGAUGAAUUUCCAGUGGUCUCAGAAGUAACUUCAUGACAGCCAGUGGGACUAUAUUGGUUCUCACAUGGCCCAAGGCCAAGCACAUGAUCCCAGAGGAGACCCUCACUCAGACUCAUCCAGGAUCCCGAGAACACAACCCUGACAAGAAACUGUUUUUGUAGUCAUCUUCAUCAUCUUUGCUGUCUAUUUUCUCUAGCCUGAGUUAAUCUCUGACUGAGCGGGAGGUUUGCUGGGAGCUGGGAAGCCAACGUUUAACUGACACUAAUCUGCUCAAGGACCAACUGCGUAUUUUCUCACCCGGGAUCCCCGAUUCUCUUCUUAAUAAAUAGUGGCAUUGUGUGUUAUGUUGUAUCUCUGCAAAAUCCAUUCAAGGCCUGUAUUUUGAUCACUGGUCUACAGAGAAAGAAAAGGAGAUCCAAAGAGGGUCAGUGACUCUUGGAGAACAGUAGGGUAGAGACUCAAAUACUAGACCUCUCUUUAAAGCCCAGGCUCUGUGUGUG